GCCAAGCAACAACACCACGGAGGUCAAUAGCAACAAAACCAUGGAUGCCGAAGCACGCAAGAAGCGUUACCAGGAGCUGAUGGAUCAAGGACACGAUCUCGCCCUGAGAACGCAGAUCGACAAUGCUGUCGACAUUUUCCAAGGCGUAUCGUCAAUCCUCAUGCAAACAAACAAAGUCAUGAUGCAGGGAAUACAAUCGGACACUGCGGAAAAUGCAACGGAAGUUUGCAUCAACGUACAGAUUGUGAAAAUGAGCCAUGAUUUGGUCGGAGCAGCGCUGCAAAGGAGUGAAAACUCUCAAUUCUGCGACGAGGAACUGACAACCGCGAUCAUGGCAUUGGUUGGGAAUGCGGAAGGUCAGAAAGGAUGGGAUGCGUUCGGCAAAGCUGGAAUAACUGCUUUUCGGAUGUCGAAACACUCGCCAUGCCUUUACGGAACAUUCGAACACCUUCCUCCCGCACCGGUGGAAAAACCAGUAAAAGAGCGCCGUCGAAGACAACGACAAGAACUAGGUGAAGCUCGAAAACCGGAAAUAGUCAAAAGAUUAAAUCAAGAGGAAGCCGAUGCACGCAAAUUACAAGACGUUAUGGAGCAAUUGAAAUCGAUCUGUGUAGAAAGAGGUACAUCGGUGCCAUAUUUUGAACUUAUUACGGAUCCUACGGAUUAUAUGAGCACAGUUGACAAUGCAUUUCGAAUCUCUUUUCUCAUCCGCGAUGGAGCCGUUGUUUUGGAAAUGGUUAACGGUGUAUUGUGUGCCCGACCUACCAGCGAAGGAGAAAAACGUAGUUCGAACGACGAUAAUGUUCAGGCCAUGCUGUCUUUUAACUGCGCUCAGUGGAAGGACUCUAUCAAACGAUUCCGUUUGCAAAGACCACUUUUAUCUGUCGACCGAGAAAUUGUGGAAAGAAGUCAACAAUAGCAUAUCUGGCAUAACAUACAUAAAAAAACACGGAACCUGAAAAACAAACAUACACAUUUUCAUACUAUAUAUCGAGGCAAAUAAAAGCAUGUUUCUCAAGAUC